ACAAAUAAAUAUCCCGUAAAAAUGGACACGGACAAAAUGGAUAUCAAUCAGAAAAUUGCUGAAAUUAAGAAACGCAUUUUACUGGCAGAAGGCCAAAAGACCGCCAAUUUAGCUGAAUGGCAAAAACAAAAUCGCAUCAACUGCGAUACCAUUUCAACGUUGAAAAAGGAAAUCAAAGAAUUAACUGUUAAAUGUGGUCGUCUACGCAAUCCCUUGCAACGUUCGGUUAUUAUGAAAGAACCUCCAGCCACAACAGCGGUUGCGGUGCCUGGCGAGAAAGUGCGAAAAACUAGUUCAGCUUUACCCACAAUUGUUGUGGGUAAGGUAAGCUAUCCAAUUGGGGCGAAAAAUGUUGAUGAUGCCAUUUUCUUGACGGAUUUAAAAAUUACCGAAAAUCGUAAACAAUUGGAUUUGCUAAGGCAUCGCUUCAAGUGUCGCAAGCAACAUUUUGCCAAGCUGAUGGAGCAAUACCGGGAAUUGGUGGCGAACAAAGAGGCACAGGAACAAAAUUUGGGUGAAAAACCACCAGAGACAUUGGAGGAGGAUAAUAAUCGGAAG